AUGGCUCGCAAGUUCUUCGUCGGUGGUAACUUCAAGAUGAACGGGACAAAGGAGUCCAUCAAGAGCAUUGUGAAGAACCUGAACGAGGCUCAAUUGGAUUCCAAUGUUGAGGUCGUGAUCGCACCCCCGGCUCUCUACCUCCACCUCACGCGGGACGAGCUCACCAAAGCCGGCGUUGAGGUGUCUGCGCAGAACGUCUACGACAAGCCCAACGGCGCCUUCACGGGCGAGAUUAGCGUGGCGCAGCUUAAGGACAGCGGCAUCCACUGGACCAUCCUGGGCCACUCCGAACGGCGGACGUUGCUGGGCGAGACGGACGAGGUGGUCGCGUCCAAGACCAAGGCCGCCGUCGACGGCGGCGUCAGCGUUAUCUGGUGCUGCGGCGAGUCGCUGGAGGAGCGCGAGGCCGGCAAGACCGUUGCCGUCGUCGAGCGCCAGCUGGCCGCCCUCAAGGCCAAGCUCUCAGACGCCGACUGGGCGAAGAUCGUGAUCGCCUACGAGCCCAUCUGGGCCAUCGGCACCGGCAAGGUCGCCACUGUCCAGCAGGCUCAGGAGGUGCACGCGGCCAUCCGCAAGUGGCUCGUCGAGAACGUCAGCCAGGCGGUUGCGGACUCGACCCGGAUCCUCUAUGGCGGCAGCGUCAACGGCAAGAACUGCAAGGACCUGGCCAAGGAGAAGGAUAUCGACGGCUUCCUGGUUGGCGGUGCCAGUCUGAAGCCUGAGUGUGAGUUGUUCUUUAACGUUCUGAUGCGCUUUGUUGCUAAAGCUGACCUGAUUGUAGUCGUGGAUAUCAUCAACUCGAACCAGUGA